CCUUCCCUCUACGUGCGGGGAGCUGUCAUGCCACAGUUUGCCGCUCUACUCUUCUGCGCCCCACCGCUGCACAUUUUGUUACGUAACCUGCCACCUUCAUCAUAAAGACCCAUCACAGACCUAAACACACACUUCCAGAACACACACACGCAUCCAGAGCACCACGCCCAGAAUGUGAUAUGACUGCUGUGAACGCUCGCCGUAGAGGCCGCUGUAUGGAAUAUGUGGGUGAAUGAGGUCCUUUGUGGUGAUAUUACUGAUCAUACAGUGCUGGAGUCCAAAGCAAUUUCCUCCUCUCUCCCCAGCACCUCCGCCUCCGUAUUGGACGUAACAUCCUGAGACGGCGGAGAUUGGUGGCCAGGAUGCUGAAUUUUUCAUGAGGCAGGAAAGGUUAGCAGGAAGUGGCCGUGAUAUGGAGACGUCUCUCAGGAGCCCAGUAUUCCCUCUUCGCUCCAGUCCAGCUCCUCCGCUGCACAGGAGCUGGCAGCACCGUCACUGAGAAGGCCACGCCCCUGGACCAGUCCAUCAUGGGUCAGGAAACGGUUGUGAGUAAGAGAACAGGACGUUGAUAUCAACACAUCCAAGAAAUGCAUUUGUCCCUAUACUUCCAGUUUGCCUGUUAAACACUCGUAUUAUCUUUGAAUAUGUAAUGAAACAAUACUAGCUAAAAACAAACUGCAGGUUUAAUCUUUUCUCUGGAGUGGGACGAGCAAUGUGCGAACAAGUAAUUGUCAGUUCCACAAGGCGAGGCAGAAGAAGACGGCAACAAUGAUCACUUUCCAUGUGUGACGCAUACUUGUUCUGCACUAAUUCAUAUUUCAUUGCGCCGCUCUGAUGGCGCUUCGACGUGGAACUAGCGCAGACAAACAAGGACAGUCUCCCAGGAUGCACCGGGGUUCUUUGUCUCCUCGGUGGGAUUAAGAUGGUUGUUUUCUUACAGCUCCUUGGGUGUGGCGUCGCUGGCCAGGAGCAAGCUGCGAGGGCCUGACAGCAAGAUGGUGCCGGACCAACGCUACAGAAGUCUUGUGGGGUAUCGAGGGCUGACCGUUGACUGAGUGAGGCAGGCAAGUGGAAGCAUGGCUGCUGCUCCACGGUCCCUGAGACCGGCGUUGUCCGUGGUGCUGAAGCUGCUCCACAGAGGAGUUGCCUCCAGCACCGGAACGAACGACGUGGCACAAAAACAAAAAAAAUCAGCCACUGGUUUUCAGAUUCCUUGUCCCUGCCCAAUGAUGAUGUGAGAGUGGCCGAAUGGCACAGACAGUGAAGGGAGCAUGAUGGAGUAAACACGAAUACUUGUACGGUUCAUGACGAGCGAGGGUUGCACGGAGCUGUUGUUUUGUCUUAUCUGAGAGCUGAAGUGGAAUAAAACAUCCAGUUAAAAACGAAUGCUUGAAAUCUGCACACAUAUGAACACAUAAAUAUAGAGGUCUUCUUCUUCUUCUGCCUUUUCUCGGAUGAUGGUGACAUUAUGGCGAUGUGGCGACAAAGAGAAGCAGAGGACGCGGACUACUCUCCAGCCACAUUACUCCCGCCUGCUGCACUGUGCUUGUCUCGGCAAGGCGACGUUUGACUUUAAAUGCCAUAUUUCAGGAAAACAUUCUGUGAGUGACUGGCGCGAGGACGAAUGGGGUCUUGAUAUUUGCAAAGACGGCUGAGCUCGAGGAGGACCGCGCCGCAGCCAAUCGUAUUGGAGAGCUCCGGUGUGCACAAGCGGUGGCUGGAGCUUCUCUGGGUAUACUUCCGCGUCCAAUGCGUGUUCAUGUGUAGGUUGAAUGGAUGAAACGGAGAGAGCGGAGAGGUAUAGGCAUGCUGUGAUACGGCCCUAUAUAUUUGCCGGCAGGACUAUCUUCCUUUUAAAGACCACCUCCUCCUCGCGUCGGUUUCCACUCAGUGAUGUCGCGUAUUUGUGUGGCGCACCUGUAAAGAGCGAGACAGGCAGAAGCCGGCUUUUUUAAUGAUUUGAUUCCUUUUAUUUCUUCUGUUCUUUUUUCCUUUUUUUGUUUCACACAUUUGCCGAAGGGAACUCAUUUCUGUGUUUUUUUGAUUUAAUAAAUAUUUCAUUUCCUCAUUUUAUCUUGUUUGUGUUGGCUUUUAUGUUUCCAAGUUUUAACUAAGAGAGCGGAAUUCAUCCUUUUAACACGCUAUUGGCCAGGUGUUUCAUUCAGAGAUUGUUUUGCCAAAGGACGUCCAUAACUUUCAUUUAUAGAAACGACGGCAACUCCAACAUAACAUGGCUGUCAGACUGUGCGAUGUGGCUUCUCUGCUUAGAAGUGGUUCGUGGGCGCCUGAGCCUUGGACUGGGCAGGUUAUUGCUGCCAUGGAAACACAGCUGUCCAAUGGGCCAACUUGCAACAACACAAGCAACGGGCCUUCGACAAUCUCAAACAACUGCUCCUCACCUGUAGAGUCAGGGAGCAUAGAGGACAGUAAAACUAACUUGAUAGUCAACUAUCUGCCUCAGAAUAUGACCCAGGAGGAGUUGAAGAGUUUGUUUGGGAGCAUCGGAGAAAUUGAGUCCUGUAAACUUGUUCGAGACAAAAUAACAGGGCAGAGCCUAGGCUAUGGAUUUGUGAAUUACGUGGACCCAAAGGAUGCGGAAAAAGCCAUCAAUACCUUAAAUGGCUUGAGACUGCAGACUAAAACUAUCAAGGUUUCCUUUGCGCGUCCAAGCUCCGCCUCCAUCAGAGAUGCAAAUUUGUACGUCAGUGGCUUGCCAAAAACCAUGACUCAGAAAGAACUGGAGCAGCUCUUCUCUCAGUACGGACGCAUCAUUACCUCACGCAUUCUGGUGGACCAGGUGACCGGCGUUUCCAGAGGGGUUGGCUUCAUUCGUUUUGAUCGGCGAGUUGAGGCCGAGGAGGCCAUCAAGGGUCUUAACUGUCAGAAGCCGCCCGGUGCCACUGAACCCAUUACAGUCAAGUUUGCGAACAACCCGAGCCAGAAGACCAGCCAGGCACUUCUGUCCCAGCUGUAUCAGUCACCCAAUCGAAGGUACCCAGGACCCCUCGCACAGCAGGCACAACGCUUCAGGUUGGACAAUCUGCUGAACAUGGCCUAUGGAGUGAAAAGCCGGUUCUCGCCCAUGGCCAUCGACGGGGUGACCAGCCUGGCCGGCAUCAACAUCCCGGGGCAUGCAGGCACUGGCUGGUGCAUCUUUGUCUACAACCUGGCUCCAGAUGCAGAUGAGAGCAUCCUUUGGCAGAUGUUUGGGCCGUUUGGUGCCGUCACAAACGUCAAGGUUAUUCGCGACUUUAACACAAACAAGUGCAAAGGAUUUGGUUUUGUCACCAUGACAAACUACGACGAGGCGGCCGUGGCCAUCGCCAGCUUGAAUGGAUACCGCCUCGGGGACAGAGUGCUGCAAGUCUCGUUCAAAACCAACAAAACACACAAAGCCUAAUACCCACUGAGAUUGUUUCUAGAAAACUCGGCAGAAAAUGGAAACAGAAAAUGGAAGCGCAUUGACCGUAACUUUCUACAUUAGUAAAAACAGCUGUUACGAAGAAAAACAAAAUUUAGCGUCCAAUGUAAUUUUUAUUUUAUUUUUCAUUGCUACGCUUUGAAACAUACUUUAAACAGGAAAAAAAAAGUGCAGGUUGUAAUGCCUGUGAUGUUGGGUUCCCUUGCUGUCUUUACAGAGGGACCAACUCAAAUGUUACUCUUGGUUUUUUGUUAAGUUGCACAUCUGCUUUGAACAGUACGUCUUGUAUCGUAUGUGUAGUGAUCUUCUUUGUAUUUCUCUGUGUCCUGAUUUGCCUUCGGAGCAUUAUGCCUUCAGUGGUUAACAAGUACUUAUUUUGAACUAUUUGCAGUUUUGUUGAUUUUGUAGUUAUUCCGUUCAUUGUAAUAUGAGUUGGUUAUUGGUUGGCUGCAUAAUGUUGCUUAUUGUAAACUUAAUGGAUAAAAGACAAAAAAAAUAAUUCUUAAAGCAGUACCUUGCCAAAGAGCUAAGAACCUCUUUGAUGUGGGUUUAAAAAGCAUCUAUUUUUAUAAAAAGAAAUUUGGAGAAACUUUUUACUGGACCUGGAACAAAAUAUUUUGACUUGGAUACUUUGAAAAAUAUCUUCAUAUGACACCUUGUGAGCUUUUGAACUUUACAGGAAAGUUUGCAGUGGUUGAAAUUUCUGGGGAGAUUUAUGAUGUAAAAGAUACCUUUUGAGAUCUUUGUAUUAUCUUUAGAUUAUAGAAUCAAUGGCAGUGCUGGUUUCAUUUGUAAAAUCAUCUGUGGGUCCCCUGUCAUCCUGGUUGUUAUAUAACUAGCAACUCGCUUUCCGAUUUAAUUGGAAACUGACAAAAAUACAAAGGUUUAUUCGCAAAAAGUGCAUGCAAAAUUAUAACAUGGAGAUAUCUUAAAAGGUAAAUAGAGGAUAAAAAUCAGUUCUUCCGAAAGGAUUCCCUUCAGAGGGAGCUCAUGGUGUACCUACAAUAUAUCAUUAGACUGAUUUGUGUCUUAACAUCACCCAAUAAAGGUUUUUACAUACUUUGUAUAAAAGAUUGAGGACAAGCCAACGAUGGCAGCAGCUUAAGAAAAACUAGUCUGAGAAGAGAACGGAUUACUCCUGAGCUUUGAGCUUUGUAAAUAAGUCCUUUUUAUGUUCAGUAUUUGGCAGACUUCUUUUGUUUGGACUUCAUCGGAAAGUGUGAUAUAUAUCGUUUUCUUUUUUGGAGUAUGUAAGGUAUUUUCAUUUUGGAUAUUAAUUUUUGAGUUUAAGUUUUCCCUUCAGUUGAAAUACUUGCUUUGUUGUCCCAUGGACGAGCAUUACAGUGCAUCAAAUUUGUUGGUUGUUUGGUCUGUAGAUAGUCUUGCUUCGUUUAAAAAGAAAAAGAAAAAAAAGCUAUUAAACUAUAGACAUGUUUUUGUUUUUUAUAUAUAAACAUUAAAGAUAUAUAUUUAUGUGGUAAAGAAUGGAUAUAAACCACAGUUUUGAACUCUUUUUGUUUUUUUUCAUACUCAUAUAUAUAUAAACGUAAUGCAUAUAACCUGUCUUUAAAAUCGUACAAAGGUGUAUAUUGCUUAAUUCACUUUGGGGGAAGGUCAGUGAAGCAGUUCCUAACGAGAGCAACGCGUGUUGCAAGAGUUCACGAAGACCGUCACAGAGUCUGGACCACAGGAGGGAGAUGCACCGAGGCCCGUCCCUGCAUCCUGCUUGGUAUUAAACCCAUUACUAGUCAUGCUUCCCCUUCAAAGAGCAGUGUGCUAUGCAUUGUAGGAUAAUCUCUGCAACUGCUUUUUCUUGUUUAUCUAUUCCUUAUUUGUGUUACUUGUACAAGUUAAAUUUAAGUCUAGAUGAGUUGUGAUACUUGCUGCCGUGGGUUAGAAACGUUUUCAUGCCUGACCGGUCAUUGUUGACGCUACCUUUUGCUUUUUGUAACUUCUUCGCGAUGAUCUGGUCUUGACAAAUUGUGCUGAUGGUCCGGCAUGAAAAAUUGUUCCCUCCCACUCAUCUUAUCUCAAUUCUUAAUAUAAGAAUGUUUAUUUAUUUGAAGUUGUAUGGUCUGACUUGGUUAACAGCGUUUUUUGGAAUAGAAUAUCUUUUGUUGAGUAUUUAAAAGGAUGUACAUGUUCUUUACUUUGUGUUUGGAUACUUUUGGAUUUUUUCCAUGUUCAGUACAUCAAUAAAUAAGUUGAAGGGCAA